AUGAUGAAGGUGUGUCCGUCUCCUACGAAGCAAGCUUCUUCAGAAAUUGCCAAAAAGUUAGUUGGCAAGUAUCCAACAUCUUUAAGGGAUGUCAUCGAGGGAGAAGUCGUGGGGCCCGGAUACCACAGUCUUGUGAAGCAGCUUCAAGCUCGUGUAGACAACAAAAGGAGGCAUGUGACCCCAAGAAUUCAGAAACGCAAACCCGUGUCAGACGAAUCUGAUACAGACGACGUCGCGGCAAUACUGAAAGCGUCAGUCCAAGAUACAUACGGCUGUGUUAAGUGGGAUAUGAAGUUCAUGCCAAUCACAGAAACUCAGGAAAGCCAAAAUGAAAAGAGAGAGAAGAUGAGGAUUCUGUGGGAACAAGGCACCUUCAACCCAGACGAGGUGAAGGAGUUGGUAGAGUCUACAUACUAUUCGCAGCGUAAGGCAAUUAACGGUGGAACAGCGCUUCAAACGUUGAGAGAAGAGUGGCCUUUUUUGUUUCACGAAAUUGGGAUUUCUUCCCACUACCGGGAGCUGACUGGACAGCCACUAACAGAGACAUUCCUGAGAAGUGUGGGGAAGAAAGGGAAACAGCUCCUAAACUUCAUGGCAACUGUUUGUGCAAACAAGACCAGACGAGUCUUUGAGACAUUGACCAAGCUGAAGUUCCAGAGAGGGCAGUUGGAGGGCUGCUCGGAGGACGUGAAGGAUAUGCUGCUUUUGCUGCUCUCCUACUUCAAUGAAGAUGAGGCAACCCUGUUCCACUACACUGAAGAAACCAACCAGGCAGAUGACGUUCAGGUGGACUGCUUGCCGGCGACGCCAUGCAUCAUUGUGUGUGGGGCCUCCUGCUACAGUGCCAAAAGAUUCAUGCUGAGCAUCGAUGGCAAGAUCGUCAAUGACAACAUCACCCAAUUCAUCGCCGCCAUCAACGUAAUGUUCGGCACCUACUACUGCCUGAACAUACACUAUCCAGUGCAGUUGAGGUCAACGCUGGAGUUCCUUCAGAGGUGCUUUUUCAACAUCAAUCCAGAGAAGGGCACAAAAGUCGAGACGAAAAAAAACAAGAAGCAACUGCCGGUAAACCCUAGGGUCCUUACCCUCAUCGCUGAUCUAGCAGAUCAUGAGUGGAGAGAGACUAAUUAA